AUGAACCUCAUGUUGCCUGUUCUCUUAGAUAGAGAAGAGAAUGGCCUCUUGGCCCAUUCUUUCAGUAUUGCAUGCUAUGUUGAGAUGAACUCUGCUUUUGCUGGGAGCAGUACAAAACAGAAACCAAAUACCAAAAAUGGUGAGUGCUCCUCUGGAAAAGCAUACCUAGUUUUUGAUGAUGAGCAUAGAGCCCCUUCAAGAAGACCUGCUACUUCCAAUAAUUACGGUUUUAUGGGUAAUUGUGAUGAUGGUUUUGGCAUGCAUAAUACAAGAAUAUGCCAUAAAUUAAUUUCAGAUCACAUUGAAAAGCAACUGGAUUUGCAUAAAUCUGGAAGCCAAAUGCAGAAAGUUAUGGAAGUUGAUUACUCCCUUGAGAAGUAUGAAGACCUUUUCACGCAGCAGUUUGGCAAUUUAUCAACAAGCUGCAAGGUGAAGAGAAGUAAAUUAUCAGUGGGAAGAAGGUAUUCUGCACGAUUUACUGUGCGGUGGGACUAUCCUGGAGAUUGCAAGAAACUGUUUGAUACACCAGCCCAUGAAGUAAGUAAAACCCUGAAAUAUGGGGGAAAAGCUACACCGUGCACCACCUCGGGGAACCCAGAACUCCAGAAUCUGGAAGAAGAGCAGGAGACAAGUUCUUCUAAACAGGAAGUGAAGAACUCCAUACAGAAUCCAAGUCAUGCUCUACCACAAGGCGAAUCAACUAAAUGUGUCCUUGAAGAACAUUUUUUAAACAUCAGUUUAAAAGAAGCAAUGGAUCAGAAGGAGCAGAUAUCUGAAGGAAGUAAUUUGCAGGAAAGAACGAUUACAUGCAUGGAAGCAUUGCUCCAAUUGGACGCCGCUGCUCAGAAUGUUCUUAAUUUAUUUACAGAAUUAGGUACAUUAGUCUCUAAAGAAGAAAUUUCAAACGGAUCUGGAGCUAAGUUAUAUGAUGAGGCUGACAAGUUACUUCCAUCAAUUGCUGGAAAACUUAAUGCAGUUGCGAAACUGGUGCAAUGCAGAAACGACUCUAAAUUCAGCAGUAUGGUGCAGGUUUCAGGAUUCGAACCUCGGUUAGAAACAUUUGCUGAGAAUUUAUCAGAAAGAGUCAUGUAGAUGGUAAAGAACCUCAACAAGGACUUGCUCGUUUUCCUGACAAGCAAUAAAUUGUAAAUACCAACCUUUCUAACCAAUGUAAUUCUACUGCUUCCAUUACUUUUUUUUUUUUUCUUGGGAAGUAGCAGUAGGAUUCUGUAAUGAAUUCUUACAAGAAAGUUGUAAAAGCAAUGUGAGCUGAACUUUCAAGACCUGAAUUCUCACUAAGAUGCAGACGACAUGAUUGAUGUGUGUCAUUGCCCAUACUUGUGAGUCUGUGACAAGAUUGGACCAAAUAGA